AAAAUGAACAACUAUGUAUACGGAUAGAACUGUAAGUAUUUUUAUUCAAACUAAUAGAGUAGGGAAUAAUUUAGCAAUUGUUCUUAAAGAUUGAAUAGUUAAUGACAGAAAUAUAAAAAUUGACGAACUUCUCCAAUCAAUUAAUAAUGAAUCUAUAGACUCAAGAAAACUAAUACAAUUCUCUUAAGAGAUAGUUUAAUGAUCUAUGGGGUUAAUUAAGUGAGCAAUAAAAGAUCUGGUUUAAUUUAAAGAAUAAUACUCAACACUAUACUCUAUCAAAUGAAGCCUUCGUGAUGACUAAUUUAAUAACCGAUAUAAAGAGUAGAGUAUCAGAGAUACAACAGUUCAAUUCUUAUUAAUAUGAUCAAUAUAAAUACAAAAAAUGCUAAUUAUGCCAAGAGAAAGAUUACACAAUAAGCAAUUUGAAAGCAUAAAUACAGAAAUAGGCACAGAUUUUAAUAAAAUUGCAAUGUAAAGAAUAUCAAAUAUAUUUAACUAGAGGACAGUGAAACUCCACAGCCUUAAAUUUAAAAUAAUAUUGCUAAUUAUUCUAAUCAAAGAAUCCAUACUGAUGGAUUUACAAGGUAAAGGUUUGCCUCUCAGAAACUGUUCUAAAGUAAUUUAAGUACGACAACAGCUCCUGGCUCAAGGUUUUGA